AUGAAAAGUAUGAAAUAUUUUUGUUUAUUCAUCCUAUAUUUUACUGCAUUAGUAAAUUCUUAUGUAAUAGAUGAAAGUGUUAAUUUAUUACCUCUAGAUAAUAAUUUAGUGCAUAUUACACUAAAACUAAUUAUUAAUGGAAAAAAUUAUAAAGAAAAUUUUCUUCCUGCAAAUAUAUUAAAGAUACUGAACUAUGUGAAAUCACUUAAAAUUAACAUAAAAAGAGGUGUAUACCGAAGUUUUUACAACAACAAAUAUUUGGACACCUAUCCUUUUGGAUUUACUCUUGCAGUUGAAUUGAAGGAAAUAGAAAAUGAUAAUAAUGUUUCUAAAGAAACAGGAAAAGAUGAAAAAGGAAAAGAAAAAACAAAUAGCGAAUUUUCAAAUAAGGAAAUAUUUCUUUUACGACAGUUAUUAAAUGAUAUUUGGUCCAUUACAGGUAUAUCAACUAACCUUCUGAAAAUAAAAAAUUUAAUAAAAAUUGAUAAUAAAAUUUUUGCAUUUCUGCCUGAUGAAAGUAUAUGUACUGAAAAUUUUUCAAUAAUUAAGAAGCUGUAUCCAUGCAAAAAUUUUGGAGGUUUAUUCAAUGCAGUAAGUCCCACAUAUUUAAUAUCAAAGCUUUCCAGCAAUAUAGGAUUCGAACUAAAUGACACUAAUGAAAACUUAUUAGUGCUUUAUGUAGAUUAUAUAACAGAGCAUGAGCAUAAAAAAGACGUGAGUGUUAUAGAUUUGAUAAAUAGUAAAUACAUUUUGAACGAAUGUCCACUAGUAGACAGAACUUCACUUGUUGUUAAAAAAAAGGAAGAAAACUUUGUUUCAACAAUUUUAGAAAGAUACGGUAAUAUAAAUUUAGCAUAUGAUAAUAUAAAUUUAUAUAAUAUACUACAAAACGGAAAACGUAAUAUUUUAGAGGAAUACAUAAAUGUCAAUGUCAUUAAAGAAGAAGCGAAUAGUAUGAUAACUGCUGAUAUAAAAAAGAAACAAAGUUCAUUAUUAUAUAUAUUUCAAAAUUUAAAUAAAAAACACAACAGUGAUUUUAUAUUUUAUGAUAAAUUACCUUAUUAUUUAUCCCCUUUGUUACACACUAUAAUGAUACAAGGAAAAAGCGCAAACGAGGAUCAUAAAUUGAAGGAAAAUUGUAAAUUUAUUUAUUUCGGUAUUAAUGCACUUAAAAAAUUUAAUAUUAGAUUUAGUAAUUUUGACAAUUUUGAAUAUAUACCAAGAAAUGGAAACUUUUACUACAUUACACUUAAGCACAAUCUACCCCCCCAAUGUGAAAUAAUAAUGAGAUUUGAAGUAAUCAAAAUACAACUGAGGUCAUUCGAAUUUGAGUUUGAUAUAGAUAGGGGUAUUUUAUUAGGUAGUGGAAUAUUCAUGCAAAAAAGAAAUCACGUUUCAAAUGAGGAAAACGGGUUCAUGUAUAAAUAUACUCCAUCAAUGUUAAUAGAUAUAAUUUUGCCAGAUACAAGUAUGCCUUUUAACGUUAUAGCCAUCUCAACUGGUGCAAUUAUGUUAUUUUUUGGGUUCAUAUUUAAACUCACAGCAAAGGAAGAAACAAAAUAUAUUUGA